AUGCUGUAGAGCGAAGGAAGCCAAAGUAUGAGGCUGUCUGUGAAAUAAAAAUUGUUGCUUAGCUGCAUCAUGACGAUGUAAAGUCUCAAAGUGGCUUGCCGACUGUCAGCGGACAAACCAAUCCUAGAACCCUCACAUGCGACCCCAACAAACAUACUUCGAUACCCGAUUGCUGUGGAAAGAAUUGAUUCAUCCCUAAAUACAAGCCUCAGGUACAUAUCUGAAGUUGUGACGUGUAUCCCAUUUCAUUCACCAGCCAUGAUAUCCCAAUAGCACGAGUUACCAACAAGUCGUCGCAAUGUCGAACCUGGACCAGCUCGUGAAAGGAGCACCUUCCCCUGGGAGCCAGUAUCCCGCCCCUUCGACCAGUCCUAUUAUCUCUAUCGAAGGCUCGAAUACCUCUGUUCCAGAUCCGCUGGCUUCUCUACCGUCCUCUCCACCCCAAAUCUACCUCAAUCUCCUCAUCCUUGAAGCAUCACUCCGGGCGCAAUGGCUUCAGUUACGAACAAGACGGCGACAGCAUACCUUCUUCUUAACACUGCUGGGGCUUUGGACUCUAUACUUUGGCUAUGCACUGUUUCUCGCACCGAGAGAAGAUGGUAGUGGGAUUGGAGGAUCGGUAUACUGGGCAUUUGAGGUUGGAGAGAAAGUGUGCUUCAUGGGUGGCAUAGUGACCGGUAUCUUGAUAUGGGGAACUGGACAGUGGGAGAGAGGCAUCCGAUGGCCACGCCGAUGGGUUUAUACCACGAACAGAGGUCUCAGAGGAUUCAAUUGCAAGGUCGUUGUGAUCAAGCAAUCGUGGUGGAGGGAGCUACUUUCCACAUUAUCAUUUCUGUUCUCCUACGGGCUGUUCUCCAGCAACACGGGAAGUUCAUAUCGAUAUGUGGAUCAGACGCUCCUGAAAGAGUCUGAAAAGGCUCAGCCUACAGGAGGACACCAUGCAUUGCCAAAUAUACAAGAGGACGACGAUAUCGCAGGCUAUGAAGAAGACCUGGCACCGGGUGGAGAUUAUAUCAAGCUGUUGUUGCUCCCGAAGCCCUUUUCUCCCAACUUUAGAGAGAACUGGGACAUAUACCGUACAGAAUACUGGGAGAAGGAGAAUGAACGCCGUUCGAUCUUGAGGAAGAAGCUCAAAGAAAGGGAUAGGAGACUUGCAAAGGAGCAAGGAGGUUGGUUAUGGUGGACAGGAUUUCGGGGCUGGAACAGAGGCAAGACUCCAGAUGUUGAAAAGAGUCACCACGUCGCCCACAAGCAUGCAACUCAUGAGAAAGAGCCAAAACGGACCCGAAGUGGUAGUGUGAGAUCUGGCUCACAUUCCCGAAACUCCUCUCGAAGCUCGACUCCAGCUGCUGAAUUAGAGGAAGGCCCUAUUGGACAUGUCCGCCGAGGAAGCUCAAGUGCGUCUGAUCGGAGGAAGAGAAAGACUACUACGAGUACGAGUAGAGUCCAGAAGCUCACUCCUGGUUCUCGCUCAGCGAAUCCAGAUGUUCCAUCUCCAUUGGUAAGAGAGAAUAGCUUCACAAGUGUCUCGUCUUUGGACAGCGAGCGACCUGCGACUCCCGCACGUGAUGCCGAUACCUCGAAGCUUUCAACACGAGCCAGCGCGGCCAGGGCAGCCAAACAGUCAUAGAAAUAGCAAUUGAUGUCGUUUUCCAGCAU